AUGACUCCGUCCACUUCCAUCGAUGAGGAAUCGAACACUGUAAGCAAGAAUCUUCUCAACAAUAACAAUAUCGAAUUUUCUGAGUUGAACGUGAAAACAGAGAACGAUAUGGUGUUGAGUGGACCGGAGUCCGGUAUUGCGUCUGGUGAAGAGGUGACUGAAACUGACUCGUCACCAGCUCAAAGUUCUAAAGAAGGUAGCCCUAUCACACAUGAGAAUGACAUCGCCCCACCAUCCAAUAAUGAUCUUCUGCAAGUUCCAAAUAUACUAGGGGCUGCUACGAUCUCUAUGGGUUAUUGGUGUUUGAUUCGUAUUUUUCGUACUGUCACGCUCAUCAGCUUUUUCGGUUAA